UGAUGCAAAAACAAGUAUCAUUUAUUAGAAAAUAUGAUAUUGUAUUAUUUGGAAUGCAAAUGAACAAUGUCCUGUAUGGGCACGUUAUUCAGUGUUUCCCCUUGUUGGACUGACGGCGGAGGCGGCGUGCUCUCUUCUUAGUUGAACCACGGGGGGUCACCAACACUGGAGCGGUUUGAGCAUCUUUACAGCUGUCUGUCUCCCUCUCAGCUCCUCUCUCCUUUUGCUCAUCUCCAUGGAGCUCUAAUGCGACCAUUAUCUAUGGAAAGAAAAUAAACUUAGUCUUAUUAGGAAAACAAAACCAUAUUUUAAUUCAUGUUCCAAGGUCAAAUGAAUUGAUAACAAUGUGGUGAUUUCUUAAGUCUUUACAGUGACAUGUAAGUAAUACUGCAUGUCAGCUUAGGCAAUAUAUAUAUAACUACAAUGGGUAAAUGUCACUAUUUGGACCUAUUCUAUUGUUGUUCUUAAAGCCUUUCUCAGACCCCCUCAUACCCCUAAUCUCUCUUUCACAUCACAUUACCUGCAGUAGUCCUCUCACACUGAUGGUGAGCAGCAGGCCCAUUCCGUACAACCAGCAGCAGAGAGCCAGAAACAUGCAGCAUGCAGCCUCUAUCCUCCUCUCUUCUGCCCCAUUAAUCACUUCCACCAUCUUCUUCCACACAAGCUCACUUGCUCCCGCUCUCUCCCUACUCCUGAGCUCAGCUACUCGGGGGCGAAGCGUUCUGAGGCUGGCCGUAGAAUCACUGGUUGUCUGGUGCAAAGCACUAACAUCUCUGUAUUUCUGGUCAAUACUGUUUCUGGUCUGGGUGGUGGUGGGCUUGUCCAAGCCACAAUGGCCCAUAGGGCAGGAGCCUAUCUCCUGUUUUUGUAGCAUGAGGCAGCUUGAUGUACACCCCCUGGAUAGGACACAAGUCUGUCGCAGGGCCUUACCCCCAAUCCAUCUCCUUAAUGUGUGCCAAGCUGAGAGGCACCGGGUCCCGUUUUUAGAGUCUUUGGUAUGAUUGGACCGCGGAUAAACCACCCGACCUUCCAAUCUCAGGGCGGACACGCUAACGACAAGGCCACUGAGUUGGUUAGUGUUGUUUGUAGCUACCCGGGUAGCAGUGGGUUCCAAGCUGACCAUAACACAAGCCUCUCCAGUGCACUUGUGCAAACUGUGUCCAGUGGUCUCGUUGGUGUUCUGUGUGGUCCAGGGUCGUUGAUGGAAGUUGAUGGUGUUGGUCUUCUUCCACACAAGCUCACUUGCUCCCGCUCUCUCCCUACUCCUGAGCUCAGCUACUCGGGGGCGACGCGUUCUGCGGCUGGCCGUAGAAUCACUGGUUGUCUGGUGCAAAGCACUAACAUCUCUGUAUUUCUGGUCAAUACUGUUUCUGGUCUGGGUGGUGGUGGGCUUGUCCAAGCCACAAUGGCCCAUAGGGCAGGAGCCUAUCUCCUGUUUUUGUAGCAUGAGGCAGCUUGAUGUACACCCCCUGGAUAGGACACAAGUCUGUCGCAGGGCCUUACCCCCAAUCCAUCUCCAUAAUGUGUGCCAAGCUGAGAGGCACCAGGUCCAGUUUUUAGAGUCUUUGGUAUGAUUGGACCGCGGAUAAACCACCCGACCUUCCAAUCUCAGGGCGGACAUGCUAACGACAAGGCCACUGAGUUGGUUAGUGUUGUUUGUAGCUACCCGGGUAGCAGUGGGUUCCAAGCUGACCAUAACACAAGCCUCUCCAGUGCACUUGUGCAAACUGUGUCCAGUGGUCUCGUUGGUGUUCUGUGUGGUCCAGGGUCGUUGAUGGAAGUUGAUGGUGUUGGUCUUCUUCCAAACAAGCUCACUUGCUCCCGCUCUCUCCCUACUCCUGAGCUCAGCUACUCGGGGGCGACGCGUUCUGCGGCUGGCCGUAGAAUCACUGGUUGUCUGGUGCAAAGCACUAACAUCUCUGUAUUUCUGGUCAAUACUGUUUCUGGUCUGGGUGGUGGUGGGCUUGUCCAAGCCACAAUGGCCCAUAGGGCAGGAGCCUAUCUCCUGUUUUUGUAGCAUGAGGCAGCUUGAUGUACACCCCCUGGAUAGGACACAAGUCUGUCGCAGGGCCUUACCCCCAAUCCAUCUCCAUAAUGUGUGCCAAGCUGAGAGGCACCAGGUCCCGUUUUUAGAGUCUUUGGUAUGAUUGGACCGCGGAUAAACCACCCAACCUUCCAAUCUCAGGGCGGACACGCUAACGACAAGGCCACUGAGUUGGUUAGUGUUGUUUGUAGCUACCCGGGUAGCAGUGGGUUCCAAGCUGACCAUAACACAAGCCUCUCCGGUGCACUUGUGCAAACUGUGUCCAGUGGUCUCGUUGGUGUUCUGUGUGGUCCAGGGUCGUUGAUGGAAGUUGAUGGUGUUGGUGUUCAGUUCAAUGUGAGGCAUGCUGGCCCACUGCCAAAUGCCCAUGGGGGGCAUCAGGUUAUCCCGAAAAUCCUUGCCGUCCAGAUGGUGUAAUGCCAAGAUUACAUACACCAACAAUUUAAUACUGGAAGAGUACAAAGCCAUCUCUCAAUCAGUAAAAUUCAAAAAGCAACUACUCUGUACAGAGAUAGGUGAGUUGUGGUGUUAAGAAUGUUUGAUAGGACUGUUGUGCCAUACAGUGGUCUAUGAUGUCAUAGAGGGCAUCCAACAUGUCACCUAGGUGAAGAUAACUAGAAUGUCACCCCACCCUCCUUUAUGACAUCAUUGCGAUAUAGAUGCGGUAAAGAGGUUAAUCGAACUCAACCAAAACAAAGGAAUUGCCAUGGCUGUGAGGGAAAGGGCUGUGAGGGAAAGGGCUGUGUGGGAAAGGGCUGUGGGGGAAGAUCCUGAGUCUCCUCAUUGCCCUCCUCAUUGAUCCCAUGUGGCUUAGUUGGUAGAGUGUGGCGCUUGCAACGCCAGGAUUGUGGAUUCGAUUCCCAUGGUGGACCAGAAAGAAAAGUGUAUGCGCUUACAAGUCGCUCUGGAUAAUUUAGGCUAUUGUUUAUAUGUGUAUUUCACACUAUGUUGAGGUAGAAUGUUUGUGUAGUAUGUUUGUGUGUGUGUACAAUGUGUGUGGGGGCGUGUGUGUGUGUGUACAAUGUGUGUAUGUGUGUAUGUGUGUGUGUGUGUGUGUGUGUGUGUGUGUGUGUGUGUGUGUGUGUGUGUGUGUGUGUGUGUGUGUGUGUGUGUGUGUGUGUGUGUGUGUGUGUGUGUGUGUGUGAACGAGUUGCCUGGCGACAGUGGCUGCAUUAACACAGGUAGCCCAAUUCAGGGGUGUAAUCAUUAGUCCAAACAGUUGCAUCAAAUUGAAGUAGGUCCCUCCCCGUUUCGUUCCGUUUGCUUCCGUUAAGGAAACGUUUUACAACAGAAUCUGCUUAAUGAAUACACUCCUGAUAUUUUUCCACGUAUUGGUCUUUUGACCAAUCAGAUCAGCUCUUUCUACAAUAAUUGGGUAAAAGAUCAGAAUCUGGCUGCCAGUGUGUACUUACAUCGAAAUAUAAUCAUUAUAUUUCUAUGGUGUAUAGACAGUUGCGUUUCCGCGCUCCUCACAUGAACGCGCAAACUCUCUCCCGUGUAUCGAUGAAGCUGGUUGAAACAUGGCGGACUUCCUGCCGACCCGAUCCGUGCUAAACCACUUCUUCCCCGCUUGCCUGCUUACCAGCAACGAAGUGGAACAGCUGAGGAAAUCUAAGGAGAUUGACAAAAGUAUUUCCCGGGACAAAACCUACGUGAAACGGCUAGUAAAGAUACUUCUACUGGGCGCGGGCGAGAGCGGCAAGUCCACUUUCCUCAAACAGAUGAGGAUCAUCCACGGGCAGGACUUCGACCAGCAAGCUCGAGAAGAGUUCCGGGCAACAAUUUACAGCAAUGUUAUCAAAGGUAACUAGGGAGAAAGUCUACGGGACUAUAUCUAAAAAAAGUUAACGUUACAUUAACAUUCUUAACGUUCGUCUUUCGGGCCCUACUGUAACUUGAGCGGUGAAAACUUUUUGGCAGAGUUUCCAUUCUGUUUAUAAGUUGAGCUGCUAGCCGAAGUUAGCAACAGAUUAGCUUGCUACUAGGGGUUUAGCUUAAGAAAUACACAUUCCCCGUUUAGUGGAGUAACGCCCGUGUUGAUGACUAUUGGCUGGUGUGGGAGUAUCUCUGUUUCUAAUGUAAAAUUGCAAUUUUAUGUUAUAACUAACUAACUAAAUCAGAUACACACUGCAAAAAAGGCAUUAGGACCCCUCUUUAGAAAAUAUGACUUCCUGCUGUCAACUCUUCUAACGUUAUUCGUUUAGGUUUUUUUCAGUGUCCGUUUCGUUUGAACAGUGGUGUAACAUGCCUCCAGAGUGACCAAACUAUCUAACUGUUGUUUAUAUCCUCCAACAUUCAGACUUGUUUGAAAUCAGCCUUGUUACCUUCUGAUACUUGUCAGAUGGGGUUGUGGGCCACAGACCCCCAUCAGUGUGUGUUUGUUGUUGUUAACUCUAAACCCUAUCUCUCCCCUUCAGGUGUUCGUGUGUUGGUGGAUGCACGGGAGAAGCUUCAUAUCCCCUGGGGUUCCUCUGACAACCAGGUGCACGGAGACAAUGUGAUGUCAUUCGACACACGGUCUUCAAUGAUGGUGCACGGCCAGGUGGAGACGAGCGUGUUCCUCAAGUACCUGCCCUCCAUCCAGGCCCUGUGGGCCGACAGCGCCAUACAACACGCCUAUGACAGACGCAGGGAGUUCCAGCUGGUCAGUACACACACACAUGCAUGCACAGAUACACACACAGACUCACCAGGCCUCUGCAGACUGGCCGAGCUGAUCUGAAGUGAAAGUGAAACUGAGUCAAGACCAGAGAGUUGCUACUCCUUCCUCCCUUGUCUCUCAAUGUCUCUCUCUGCAUGUUUGUGAGGUUGGUGUGUGUGUGUUCAAGCACGUGCGUCAGUCUGUUUCCUGUGCAGAGCUCAGCUCUCCUCUCUUGACACCUGGGCUUUCCAAACACAAACACACACACACUAGGGCUGGGAAUUCAGUCUGUUUCCUGUGCAGAGCUCAGCUCUCCUCUCUUGACACCUGGGCUUUCCAAACACAAACACACACACACUAGGGCUGGGAAUUACCAGGGACUUCACAAUACAAUAUGAUGAAGAUACUUAGGUGCUGCUACGAUAUGUAUUGCGGUUUUAUCAUGAUUCUAUAUGUAUUGCGAUUCGAUGUUCCAAACAUAUUGCUCACUAUAGGUCUGCUGCAGAGGAACAAGAGCGAGCCAUGAGAAAAUGAGUUGGAGUCAUGGAAAUAAGUGCUGAAAACAUUAAAUCAAAGUUUAUUGGUUGCGUACACAGAUUUGCAGAAGUUAUCGCAGGUAAGGUGAAAUGCUUGUGUUUCUAGAUCCAACAGUGCAGUAAUACCUAGCAAUACAAAACAAUGCACACAUAAUCCAAGAAGGAAAUCAAGAAAUGUCGGAACAAAUCCAAUUAGCAACCCAAAUAGCACAUGUUGGCACACCAUUUAAAAAGAUGGAGAACAAGCUAUAGAAGGAGAAAUACUCGAGUUUUGGUGAGAUGUUUGUUGGUGAGAUCGAGUGUGAUAUGUGCUGGAAUGCUGACAUAGCAGCAAUGCAGCAGUGACAUAACCAGAUUUACAGGAUGGCAAGGAGAUAUAUAACUAUGCGAGAGAGUCAGUCUCACGCCUGAAAUUUUGCGAUUUCAGGGGCAAGGCCAUUUGGCCUUCAAGAGGUGACCAAUCUGCCAGGGCACCAAGGCCGUCUGCUAGGGCACCAAGGCCAUUAACCAAAUAGCCUAUUUAAAUUGAUUUCAAAACCAAAAAACACUAGCUAUUCUGUUAAGAAAAACAUAAGUAAAUGUACAUAAAUAAUUAGCCUACAUGUCAAAGUGUAGGUAAUAGCCUAUGCAUAUUGGCUACAUUCUGUCAUGUCCAGACAAAUGCUGACAGGAGGGAGGCGGCAGAAAAUGUAGCCAAACUUUAAUUAGACUUAUAAUUACAUAUACAGUACCAGUCAAAAGUUUGGACACACCUACUCAUUCAAGGGUUUUUCUUUAUUUUUACUAUUUUCUACAUUUUAGAAUAGUAGUGAAGACAUCAAAGCUAUGAAAUAACACAUAUGAAAUCAUGUAGUAACCCAAAAAGUGUUAAAUAAAUCAAAAUAUAUUUAAUAUUUGAUCUUCUUCAAAGUAGCCACCCUUUGCCUUGAUGACAGCUUUGCACACUAUUGGCAUUCUCUCAACCAGCUUCAUGAGGUAGUCACCUGGAAUGCAUUUCAAUUAACAGGUGUGCCUUGUUAAAAGUUAAUUUGUGGAAUUUCUUUCCACAAUGCGUUUGAGCUAAUCAGUUGUGUUUUGACAAGGUAGGGGUGGUACAGUGAGGGAAAAAAGUAUUUGAUCCCCUGCUGAUUUUGUACGUUUGCCCACUGACAAAGACAUGAUCAGUCUAUCAUUUUAAUGGUAGGUUUAUUUGAACAGUGAGAGACAGAAUAACAACAAAUAAAUCAUCAAUGCGAGCUGUGGCAAGAAGGUUUGCUGUGUCUGUCAGCGUAGUGUCCAGAGCAUGGAGGCGCUACCAGGAGACAGGCCAGUACAUCAGGAGACGUGGAGGAGGCCGUAGGAGGGCAACAACCCAGCAGCAGGACUGCUACCUCCGCCUUUGUGCAAGGAGGAGCAGAAGGAGCACUACCAGAGCCCUGCAAAAUGACCUCCAGCAGGCCACAAAUGUGCAUGUGUCUGCUCCAACGGUCAGAAACAGACUCCAUGAGGGUGGUAUGAGGGCCCGACGUCCACAGGUGGGGGUUGUGCUUACAGCCCAACACCGUGCAGGACGUUUGGCAUUUGCCAGAGAACACCAAGAUUGGCAAAUUCGCCACUGGCGCCCUGUGCUCUUCACAGAUGAAAGCAGGUUCACACUGAGCACAUGUGACAGAGUCUGGAGACGCCGUGGAGAACGUUCUGCUGCCUGCAACAUCCUCCAGCAUGACCGGUUUGGCGGUGGGUCAGUCAUGGUGUGGGGUGGCAUUUCUUUGGGGGGCCGCACAGCCCUCCAUGUGCUCGCCAGAGGUAGCCUGAUUGCCAUUAGGUACCGAGAUGAGAUCCUCAGACCCCUUGUGAGACCAUAUGCUGGUGCGGUUGGCCCUGGGUUCCUCCUAAUGCAAGACAAUGCUAGACCUCAUGUGGCUGGAGUGUGUCAGCAGUUCCUGCAAGAGGAAGGCAUUGAUGCUAUGGACUGGCCCGCCCGUUCCCCAGACCUGAAUCCAAUUGAGCACAUCUGGGACAUCAUGUCUCGCUCCAUCCACCAACGCCACGUUGCACCACAGACUGUCCAGGAGUUGGCGGAUGCUUUAGUCCAGGUCUGGGAGGAGAUCCCUCAGGAGACCAUCCGCCACCUCAUCAGGAGCAUGCCCAGGCGUUGUAGGGAGGUCAUACAGGCAUGUGGAGGCCACACACACUACUGAGCCUAAUUUUGACUUGUUUUAAGGACAUUACAUCAAAGUUGGAACAGCCUGUAGUGUGGUUUUCCACUUUAAUUUUGAGGGUGACUCCAAAUCCAGACCUCCAUGGGUUGAUACAUUUGAUUUCCAUUGAUCAUUUUUGUGUGAUUUGUUGUCAGCACAUUCAACUAUGUAAAGAAAAAAGUAAUACGAUUAUUUCAUUCAUUCAGAUCUAGGAUGUGUUAUUUUAGUGUUCCCUUUAUUUUUUUGAGCAGUGUAGUUUCUACAGAUUGUAAAUUAAAGAUAAACAUUUUUGCUAAGAGUAUUAUUAUAUUAUUGAUCGAUUGACUAUAACUUUUUAAAUUACCCAGCAGUGCUAUUUGCAGAGUUAGCUCCAGUAAAUUAUUCAGCCAUUCCUGAACCUGAGACCAAAAAUAAUUUUGUAUAAUAAUUUUAAAUUGAAAAACAUAAAUUUCGAAUACGGUGUCGUUUUGUGUAUCAGUUCAUAAACCAUGUGCCAUGGAAUCGGUACAUCAAAAAUCUCUUCCCAACUAUUUUGCAAUCUAUAUGGUACAUCUAUAAAUGUUUUGGGUCCUGGUAUACAUUUUUAUUUAUGACAAUGAGGCAUGUCUUACUGUGUUCCGACCAUAGGAGUGUUAAGGGGAUUAUUUUAUAAACACUUCCUCAUAUGUAAUUGAAACCAGUAUUUCUCUCAUUUUAUUUUGUUGUCCAGCAGCCAAAGACACAAACCUAGUCAUAUUAAAAACCUUUGCUAGUUGUUGCAUUUUUGAUUUUUCAAAAGUAAAUUUUCAUCUCUGUCAUAUGAAACCGCUCACAUUUGUGGUGCGCUUUAGAGAUUGGAGAAUCGUGUUUUCCCGCUAAUUGCAUUUUGGAACAUUUGUGCUUAUAGCCUACUGCCGUUUGCGCAUUGCUGCGCUCAUAAUGUGAAGAUUUGGGAUCUAUUGUCCCACAACUGUCCCAAAGUCUGUUUUUGGAAUAUUUCUUUCUCGCACAGAACGACAAGUUGACCAAUAGAAUAGGUCAACUUUUGUACUAUGGGGAUAGUAGAUUGACGUAGGCUAAUGCUUUUGCUGUUACUCAUCUUGUUGGCUGAAGAAAAGUAAAUGUGGACAGUUCUUCAAUAUGCACCUCGGAAUUAGAUAAGGACUCGCGCUGUUUCAUCCCUGAUGUGUCUGUCUUCACUAGUAGCCUACUUCGGAGCUGGACCCGAUUUACAUGACGGGCGUUGGCUAAUAAGAAUUGAGAUAUCUGAGAGAGCCAUGUGAGUGAGAGGUGCUUCGGAGCAGGGAAUUUAUAAUUAUAAUUUUCAGCCCAAGGGCACAACGGCCACUUUGGCCGCAAGGCAUGGAUUUCUUUAGGGGGCAUUACGAGCACACAAGGGGGCAACGACGGCCGGGAAGUCAGUCUGAGAUGUAACAAUUUGUGUUUAUAACUCUUUGUGUGUGGGUGUGUGUCAGGGUUUACAUUAGCCGGUAAUAGCCGGAUUUUGGCAGAUUUUUAUAAAAAUACAUGAAAAGCUGAUAAAUAAAACUGGCGCCAGCCAAUUGUCCCAAAAAAACAAAAAACAUUAGCUAAAUAAUGCUUUUGAACCUAUUCAUUGAUGGAAAUACCAGUCGAUGGAAAUACAUUUGACCGGUCAUGCUUGUCGGUCUAUAGGUUAAUUUUUGUAGUGCAGAGCAUACAGAGGCUAUGAGCGUAAAUCUGUCAGGACAGCGUGAGAGCUGCUGCUGCUAAAGCUUCUCAUUAUCUCAUUCGUUGCUGCUGGAGUGAAACAUGAUUUUAUAAGCCCAAUCAUUGUGUAACAACUAUAAAUGCAAUCGUGUGUUAACAGUUUUGAUAGCCCCGAUUUUAAAAGCGCAAUUUAUUUUAUUUUCUCAACUAGUAAUUAAAGCGUUCUUCCCAUUCGCCAUUCAAGUGGAAAUAGGCAAUGGUGGGCAGGCUUCAGCGAAUCACACGCCACUUUGCAAUGAGCUGGAGGCAGUAUGCAUUUUGAAAACAUACAGUAUACUUAAUUGUUUGAAGCCUGAAUGUUUUACUUCAUAUUAUGAGGCAUGUCUUACCUUGCUUCAAAGUAAAACCCGACCAUCGAUACGUGGAGGCAAUUAAUUUAUAAAGACUUCCAAAUGCCAUUGAAACAGUAGCAUAUUUCUGUCAUGGUCUAUUGGUUUUCAAAUCAACUUUCUUUCAUUGUCAAGUAGCCAAAUGCGCAAUCCUAGUCAUAUUAGCAACCCAUGCUUGUUUUAGCAUCCUUAGAUCUCCCCUCUUUCUAAAUUUCUAACUGAUUUUCAUCUCUGUCACAUGAAACCGCUGGCAUGUACAAUGCGCUUUUGACAAGUGUUUUCCCGCCUUGUGUGCGCCGCCUACUGCCUUGUGUGCGCCGCCUACUGCCUUGUGUGCGCCGCCUACUGCCUUGUGUGCGCCGCCUACUGCCUUGUGUGCGUUGCUGCGCUUAGAAUGUGAAGAAAUAAUAGUUUAUCAACGUUUUAAGCAAAACUCUCUGGACUGUUGCAUCAGCCUCAUUUCUUUUAUGUAGCCUAGGCCUACUGGUUGGAUGAAUUAUGGAUCUAUCGUCCCACAACUGUCCCAGUCUGUUUGGAACAGGCUAUUUCAUUCUCUCACAGAACGACAAGCUGACCAAUAGAAUAGGUACACUUUUCUACUAUGGGGAAUAAUAGAUUGACAUAGUGGCUAGUGAUUUUAUUGUUCGUUACUCGUCUUGUUGGCAGAGGAAAAGUAAAUGUGGCAGUUAUUCUAGCAUCGGAAUUCGGUAUGAAGGACACACGCUGUUGCAUCCUCGACUUGCAUGUUCUGUUAAGAUGAAUAGGCCUAGCCAUAAUCUAAAUGUGAUUUCUGUCAUUCUGAGAACCCUGGGUGGACACCCUAAUCAGGUUACGCACCCAAUGCAUAUGAGUCCGGUAAAUUUCUCAAAUGUCUGUUAAAUUAAAAUGCUGCUGGUCAAAUGUCCGGCGCCACAUUUUCCUACGGAAAUCAUGGUGUGUGUGUGUGUGUAUAUCUAUGUUUACAGUAUGAAGGGAGGCAGGAUCUGUUACAGAAAAUAUCAAAUCGUAUGCCUUGGUUUCACUUUUGGGUUGGUUGCCUGUAGCUGAGGCCAUCUUUCAAAUGAUAUCCUGGUCUCUGUGUGUAUUCUGCCUGUAUGGACAGACACUUGAGCUCUGAUCUGUUCAACUCUACAUACCCACCCCAUCCCUCUGUAAUCUUAGCCUACCACACACACACACAAAGACACAGGCUUUUCAGGCCAGGUGAGUUGUAGAGAUAAAAGCCGUUUAGUGUCAUACAUUUACAUCAUUUAGCAGACGCUCUUAUCCAGUGUCCAUUUAUUUUAUUUUAUGGGGGGUGGGGGAAGAAGGAUUACUUUAUACUAUUCCAGGUAUUCCUUAAAGAGGUAGGGUUUCAAGUGUCUCCGGAAGGUGGUCAGUGACUCUGCUGUCCUGGUGUCAUGGGGGAGUUUGUUCCACCAUUGGGGUGCCAGAGCAGCGAAUAGCUUUGACUGGGCUGAGCGGGAACUGUGCUUCCAUAGAGGUAGGGGAGCUAGCAGACCAGAGGUGGAUGAAUGUAGUGCCCUCGUUUGGGUGUAGUGUCUGAUCAGAGCCUGAAGGUAAGGAGGUGCCGUUCCCCUCACAGCUCCGUAGGCAAGCACCAUGGUCUUGUAGUAUAGGAUGUGUACAGUAAAACAAACACACACACACACACUGUUGUGAUCUAAUCAUCACAAAGACACAAGAAUAGAUCAUUGUUUUUGUUUUUACACUUCUGUAGCUUUCAUGGGUAGCGUGAGUACAGGCUCUAACACACACACACACACACACACACUCAGACUGGAAUGUGAGCCAGUCUUGGCUGUGCAAGCUCGUGUCUGGGCACGCCCCACUCACUGAGAAACAACACCAGGAGGACAGGGUGGAAAACACACACACACACACUCCGUUACACAUCACACACACAUACAGGCACACAUUUACAUCAUUUAGCAGACGCUCUUAUCUAGAGCCACUUACAAAUUACACAAAUGCUCACUUCACAUGGAUGCACUACAGUUUUUUUUAAAGACUGUAAAAUCACCAGGAAUUCAGCUACAAAUCUAUUCCCAAGUAUUCCCACAAAUGAAUAAAAAAUAGACUUAUGUGAUCGUGUCUCAAUGAUUGCGGUUACAUGCACACAAUAAUGCAAUUAUUGUGGAAAGUCAGAUUAAUAUAAUAGUUUGAUUAAAACGUUUACAUGUUUUGCAAGAAGAACGAUUUCCAUAAUAAUUAUGUUUACAUGGAAACAUCUGAAAUCAGGCCACCUGAUGGCACUCAUGCAGAAAUCCGCCAAUCAAAAUAAACAUUCUACCACAGCGAACAUGUUCUUUUUGGGAAGCAUAUUUGAUUCUGAGUUUGUACAUACAGUGCAUUCGGAAAGUGUUCAGACCCCUUUACUUUUGACUGGUAGUAGAUAUAAGGUCAAACAGUUGACAGUGCAUGUCAGAGCAAAAACCAAGCCAUGAGGUCAAAGGAAUUGUCCGUAGAUCUCCAAGACAGGAUUUUGUCGGCACAGAUCUGGGGAAGGGCACCAAACAAUGUCUGCAGCAUUGAAGGUCCUCAAGAACACAGUGGCCUCCAUCAUUCUUAAAUGGAAGAAGUUUGGAACCACCAAGAGCUGGCCGCCCGGCCAAACUGAGCAAUCGAGGGAGAAGGGCCUUGGUCAGGGAGGUGACCAAGAACCCGAUGGUCACUCUGACAGAGCUCCAGAGUUCCUCUGUGGAGAUGGGAGAACCUUCCAGAUGGACAACCAUCUCUGCAACACUCCACCAAUCAGGCCUUUAUGGUAGAGUGGCCAGACGGAAGCCAACGGAAGCCACAUGACAGCCCGCUUGGAGUUUGCCAAAAGGCACCUAAAGGACUCUGACCAUGAGAAACCAGAUUCUCUGGUCUGAUGAAACCAAGAUUGAACUCUUUGGCCUGAAUGCCAAGUGUCACGUCUGGAGGAAACCUGGCAUCAUCCCUACAGUGAAGCAUGGUGGGAGCAGCAUCAUGCUGUGGGAAUUUUUUCAGCGGCAGGGACUGGAAGACUAGUCAGGAUCAAGGGAAAGAUGAACGGAGCAAAGUACAGAGAUCCUUGAUGAAAACCUGCUCAGGACCUCAGACUGGGGUGAAGAUUCACCUUCCAACAUUACAAUGACCCUAAACACACAGCCAAGACAACGCAGGAGUGGCUUCGGGACAAGUCCCUGAAUAUCCUUGAGUGGCCCAGCCAGAGCCUGGACUUGAACCCGAUCAAACAUCUCUGGAGAGACCUGAAAAUAGCUAUGCAGUGACGCUCCCCAUCCAACCUGACAGAGCUUGAGAGGAUCUGCAGAGAAGAAUGGGAGAAACUCCCCAAAUACAGGUGUGCCAAGCUUGUAACGUCAUACCCAAGAAGACUCGAGGCUGUAAUCGCUGCCAAAGGUGCUUCAACAAAGUACUGAGUAAAUGGUCUGAAUACUUAUGUAAAUGUGAUAUUUCCAUACAUUUUUUCAAAAAAACUGUUUUUGCUUUGUCAGUAUGGGGUAUUGUAAGUAGAUUGAUGAGGGGGGGAAACUAUUUAAUCCAUUUUUGGGAAAAAAAGCUGUAACAUAACAAAAUGUGGAAAAAGUGAAGUGGUUUGAAUACUUUCCAAAUGCACUGUGUAAAGUUAGUAUGUGAAAACUACUUCUAAGGCACAUACAUUCAGUUGUUCCGAACACACUUCACUUGCGCUAAAGAGGGAGGCUCGCUAAUCCGUUUUAAUAUCGAAUUAUUAGUGUGCAUGUAAACAUACUCAAUGUAUGAAAUUAUUGUUAUUUUCAAACAUAAUAUAUUUUUGGACUUAUUUGUGGUCAAUGUGGUGUUUCGAAUGAUUAUAAUUGGGUUCCGGCCCCCGACCAUUCGCUCCGACAAAAAUCGGCCCGCGGCUGAAUCUAGUUGCCCUACCCCUGCAGUACACACACACUCACAUGCAGCAGUUUUAGGCUGAUGUGUGUACAUCAUCUGAGUAUUAGUAGGAUUGGCAAUGAAGCUAAAACAAAUUUCUCCUCUCUCUCAGGGUGAGUCGGUGAAGUAUUUCUUGGACAAUGUGGAGAAGCUGGGGGAGCCGGUAAGUUUCUCUCCCUCACCCUCUUUCCCUCCAUAAAUCACUCUACCUCCUUAACACCCCCAUCCCCCUCUCCUGUCUUCUACUCAUCCCUCUCUCUCCUCCAGAGCUACAUCCCUUCCCAGCAGGACGUCCUGCUAGCCCGUAAGCCCACUAAGGGUAUUCAUGAGUAUGACUUUGAGAUCAAGAGUGUUCCCUUCAAGAUGGUUGACGUGGGAGGACAGCGCUCGGAAAGACGGCGGUGGUUCGAGUGUUUUGACUCAGUCACCUCCAUACUGUUCCUAGUGUCUUCUUCAGAGUAUGACCAGGUACACACACAGUGGACACUCACGCACAUUGAAUAAGCUUACCACACACGCCCUCUGUUUCUCUCUCUCUCUCACACACACUACCUCAUUUAUUUGUAUUUAUUACAUUUUUUAACCCGUGUGUUCUAGGUCUUGAUGGAGGACAGAUUGACCAACCGUCUGAGAGAGUCGUUGAACAUCUUUGAGACGAUCGUCAACAACCGAGUCUUCCUCUCAGUCUCCAUCAUCCUCUUCCUCAACAAGACUGACCUGCUGGAGGAGAAGGUCUGUACAGUCACAUUCCCCAUAAUCACAAACACAUCAAACACAGUCAUUAGGAAUAUUCUAUGCUGUGUUUUCAUUUACCUAAGACAGUGCUUAGAGAUGCUGUGAGUAGAUAGGACUCAUGCGAGCAGGGUCCACACUGAAGAAAAUAAGCUCUAUUAGCUUUUCAGAUAUAAAUAUAUUGAUGUCAAGUAUUGUAAUUGAGGCCAAACCAACCUUCUGAUUACACUGACGUUCCAUGUUAUGUUGGUCUGAUCCCUGUUCCCGGCAGGUCUCGAAUGUUUCGCUAAGUAAAUACUUCCCAGAGUACACCGGGCCGGACCACAGCCUGCCGGACGUCCAGAAGUUCCUAGUGGACUGUUUCCGAGGAAAGAGAAGAGACUCGACACAGAAGCCCCUUUACCACCACUUCACCACAGCCAUCAGCACGGAGAAUAUCCGCCUGGUGUUCCGAGAUGUCAAGGAUACCAUCCUCCACGACAACCUCAAACAGCUGAUGCUCCAGUGA